AUGCUAAAAGUUGGUGGUCUCGCACUAAAUGUCAACGCUUCAGGCCGAGGACGAUCGGGACUGCCAUUUAAAGUUUGUAGCCCCUUCUACAUUGCAAGGCUACUAACGAAAAGCAGCUCGAGACUUCGAGAAGUAGGCUUGGGCAGUGGCGUAAUAUCUUCACUACAAGAUGCCAAUCCACCGCUUCACUCCAGCAUCACACUCACUCUAAAUAAAAACGUACCCCUCCCACCAGAAUCUUCGCAAACAAUUUCGACCGUCUCCACGGUAAAAUCACCAGCCACUGAAGAACUACGAUUCUCUACAGAUGACGGAAGAACGAAAGUCACGCUCGACCCUGCUUCUCAGAUAUACAUUAUUCAAAUAUGGAUGUCAGCUCAAGGGCAUAUCGCUUCGUUGCGGAAUCUUAUCCUUAGAGCACGGAUGGACUUGAAGCGAGAAAGAACACGCUGUAAUCAGCUGGAGGAGCUUUUUGAUAAUAUCAUGAACAACUUCAUGACGGUUGUGAACACGGCAACCGAGCAUAGCUCUUAUCUUCAUAGUCGGGAAGAACUGGAACAUUUGUCAAGAAAGAUGAAUAUUUCGAGAGAUGAUAUCGGACGUCAGAGAGAGAAGAAUGCUAGGUUGGAAGAUGGUCUGUCUAAUCAUGAAUACAGACUUACUGAGUUGGAAGGGGAAAUCUACCAUGAACUGGACAAGGAAUUCCGGCUGGGCUCAAGUCAGCAAUGCUCAACCGCUUCUCAUGAUACCCCAUCUGAGCAUGUACUGUCAUCCGGCAAAGAAAUAGCUGAGCCUUCAGCAUCGCCACGGGAUGAGUUAUACUCUAGGAUUGGGGACUUAAGAAUCUUGUUGGAUCGGCUGAAUGAGUUCGAGUACGAUUUAAGACAAGAACUUGAUGAACGUGAUCUCCUUCGGGCAGCAGGUCAACCCGAUCUCUUUGAUGAGGAGGAUUUUCUGGAGGAGCGCAAAGCGGAACGAAGAGAUAUUCAGCUGAAGCUUGAGCAGACACAGGUGGAAGUUGAUCGACUAAAAGAGCUAUGUACGAGUCAAGGCAUUCCAUUCGAAGAUGUCCAAUUUACGGAUGCCUUGGAUGGCUCUUCCGCAGACACUUGUACGGGAACCUUAGAAAAGCACAACAUCCCUGGUCACCGUAGCGGAUCAUCAAGUAUACUCAGCACUAUUUUCAACGCUCGCGAGAGAGUCAAGAACUGGUUGACCGAUUCUUCCAAACUGGAAGCGCCUCGUUUUUUUCCCGCAGCAACAGAAGACGUGGACCAAGUGGCAACACAAGACUCCCAAUCUGACUUUGGCUGGGUGGAUCUCACGCUCCCCAGACGUCCCUCAUCAGAAGGUAUGCCUAGAAUUUACGGUUUAUCCGCUCAAUACUGCUUGAUGCGCUUCUCCUCGACGCAUCUGAGCCUCCCACCGUCACGUUCACAAAUGCGGAAACUGUACAACGCCGCAGAUGAGACCUCGUCUUACAAUCGGAAACCCUACGCAGUGCCCCCGAAGUCCGAUCCCAUUCUCCUUUAUCAUACGCCGUGUUGCACCUCUCUGACGAUGAUUUUGCCUCUUCCAGACGGCACAGACAACUCAGCCUCCUGGCAUUUUCAGCUAUAUACAGCCUUUAAUGAUAUCUAA